AUGGUCACGGAUUGUGCCUCUCUCUUCUUGGAAGAGAGCCACAUUUUCGCUGAUUCUAUGUGUGGCUUCAGGCCCAAGAAAUCUCCACACGACAUACUCCUACAACUACACCACGAAGUACCUAAUUCUGUAGAACACUCUCACAAUGACAAGAUCAUUUUAGCGCUUGACCUUAAACGAGUGUAUGACCACGUCAAGCACGAAGUCAUUUUAGCUCACCUAAGUGCCACCAACUGCGGCGAGCGCACCUUCAACUACAUCCUAAACUUUCUUACUGACAGAGCGGCGUAUAUUCUCAUCCAAGAUCAGGAAUACGGCCCCUAUCCCCUGGGCAUGCGAGGUACACCACAGGUCGCUGUGUUGUUACCUCUGCUGUUCAACUUAGCUAAGGCAACUUAG